UGUUAAAAAGACCAUAGCUGGUUUAUCUACAGACACAGAGCCACCAUGGAGCUGCGUCUCUCUGUCUGCGUCCUGCUGCUGCUUUGUGCUGCAGAAAACUCAAAUGGAGGGAAGAUUUUGGUGUGGUACACUGAGGCCAGCCACUGGCUCAACAUGAAGUCGGUACUGGAGACACUGGUGGACAGAGGACACCAGGUGACGGUCCUGGUCCCGAGCGCGUCAAUGUUCAUGAACAGUAGCGAACCGUCUCGCUUCCAGUAUGAACCUUUUGAUGUUGACGUCUCAGUAAAAGAUAUAGAAAAGGUUUUUGAUGAUUUUCUUCACUUCUCCAUGUAUGAGAUGGAUUUUAUGAACCCCAUUCAGAUUUACAUGACAUUUAUAGAUUUAACAAAGAACAACAUGAACAUUUCUUUUAAGUUUUUGGAUGGCGUGGUGAAAUCAGAAACCAUCCUGAAGAAGUUGAAGGAGGGAAACUACGAUGUGUUAUUUGCUGAUCCGAUCUACCCUGGCUAUGACCUGACGGCAGAGAUUCUGGGAAUUCCUCUCGUUCUUUCUUUGCGUUUUUCCUUGGCUCAUCACUGGGAGAGGAUGUGUGGUCAGCUUCCUGCUCCACCGUCCUUCGUCCCGGCUGCUAUGAGCAAACUCACAGACAAGAUGGAUUUCUCAGAGAGACUGUUCAACGUCCUCUUCUACGCUCUGCAGGACGUCGUAAUAAACCAGUUCAUGUUGAAAGAUAUUGACAAAUAUUAUUCUGAAGUCAAAGGAACACCCACCAGUGCCUGUGAGUUGAUGGGUAAAGCUGAUAUCUGGUUACUGAGAACCUACUGGGAUUUUGAUUUUCCUCGUCCGUUCCUCCCGAACUUUAAAUUUGUUGGAGGGAUCCACUGCAAACCAGCUAAACCUUUACCAAAGGACAUGGAAGAAUUCGUGCAGAGCUCUGGAGAGAAUGGCAUCGUUGUCUUCACGUUAGGAUCCAUGAUUAAGAAUGUAACUACAGAGAAGGCGAACCUAAUAGCUUCAGCCCUUGCUCAGCUUCCCCAAAAGAUACUGUGGCGAUACAACGGUGAAAAACCAAAAACUUUAGGUCCCAACACCAGGAUAUUUAGCUGGAUCCCUCAGAACGACCUGCUGGGUCAUCCUAAAACAAAAGUUUUCAUCACUCAUGGUGGGGCAAACGGGAUCUAUGAGGCCAUCUACCACGGCGUUCCCAUGGUGGGAAUCCCCAUGUUCGCUGAGCAGCCAGACAACAUGGUGCACAUGGAGGCCAAAGGAGCUGCAGUCAUUCAGAACCUGAACUUUAUGACAACCAAGAGUCUCAGAGAUGCAAUCAAGGCUGUCAUUAAUGACAAAUCCUACAAAGAAAACAUGAUGCGACUGUCCAGAAUCCACCAUGACAGACCCAUGAGUCCUCGGGACGAGGCCGUCUUCUGGAUCGAGUUCACCAUGAGAAACAAAGGAGCCAAACACCUGAGGGUCCAGGCCCACGAACUCACCUGGUACCAGUACCACAGUCUGGACGUCCUAACCUUCCUCCUUAUUGUAGAUCUGCUCCUCAUCUUCAUCCUCUUCAAGAGCUGCAGCUUCUGUUUCAAGAGAUGCUGCAGCAGAAAACAGACAAAGAGAAAAGCUGAGUAACAGACUGUAGAUUUUAGUUUUUGGGACCUGGUUCCUGUGUUUGUUACCACUGGGACUGGCUUCAUGCUGUGUUACGGUUAACAGAGAUGUGGAAGCUAAGAAGUCAUAAUUUUAUGACGGAAGUUUAAGGUCGUACGACAAAAAAGUCCAAAAUAAAGUAAUACAAUUAUGACAAUAUAUUAUAAAAAAAAAAAAUUGUACAAGAAUAAAGUCAUAGAAUAAUAAAGUUGAAACUACUGUAUAUGAAAAUAGUUAUAUUUUGAGAAUAAAGUUGUACGAUAAUAGUCAAAAUAAUAUGACAAAUAUUUUGAGAAUAAAGUCAUAGUAUGACCAAUCAAUGUUAUUCCAUUAGGUAGGUGAGGUGAAACUUUACAGGUACACAAUAAAUAUAAAUAUAAAAUUAUCCAAAAUGGCCCAGUGCUCAUUAUUUAAAAUAGUAAAAACAGUAAGAACAACUGACUCAAGUACAGUAUACUCAUUAGGACAAAAUUAAAAGAAAUAUAAAUAUAACGAUGCUAAAUUGAAUUUUGGGAUCUUAAGGCGACGAAAACGAAGUCCUUAUAUUACAAGAAAAAGUUUAAAAAAAUCUAAGAAUAGAGUCAUAUUUUGAAAAUAAAUUCAUAUUACGAUAUAAUUCUCGUAAUUUAUUUAUAUAUUUAUAUAUUCAGGUUGCCCCAAAUACUCCGUAGCAGAAUUUCAAUAUGGCGACGCCCAUUGUCUGCAAUUCCUUUACCGCACAUACAGCUUUAGAAGCGGUUUUCCUUUCUCUAAAAAAACACUUUUAAUUUGGGUCAGUAUAAAAGCGCUACAUAUAACAUUGAUUUAAGACGCACUCUUGUUUUUGUGUCUUGAGAAAUAAACGUUUUUAUUUCUCAAUAAAUAAAGAGAAAUAUUUUUUUCUUACUGUUGAUGCUAGGAGCUAGCGGCCAUAUUGAAAAGUGAAGUCCACGGAACUAGUUGGAGCUGCUCCCCGUGGGAAAUCCGACCUCUGAUUGCCUUCCAGUUAAUUUUUCAGACUGGGAAAUCGUUAAUUCCCAGUUCCUGUACAACUGGAACAGCAUCGGGUUUGUUGGCCUUUCCUGAUUUGGAAUGAUGUCAUUAUACAUUGCACCUGCGCUAACUAGCUGCACCUGAAGCUAAUUAGAUAUUAUAAACUGAAUCCUCAUUGGCUGGUUAUGACUUAGGGAGGGACAACAAACAAAAAAAUUAUUUUAUGCCUUUAUUUGAGAACCACUUAAGAGUAGCUUUAUCCUUGAGUCUCAUAAAUAUUCAUAUAGAUAUUAUACAUGGGCUUUAACUCAAAUGUCCAAUAGCAGAAAACAUAUCAAAUUAUAAACACAAAUUAACAGCCCUACUUGUCUUCAAAUACACAAUUAUACAUA